ACUAGUUCAAAACCAACAUAUCCAAACAAACGAUGGCUUCUUCCUCCACCCAUGUCUAUCUUUUAAGCUUGGUUUUCUUGAUGAUCUUCUUUCAACUAUCCUCACACCAGCAACUAUGUCGUAAGGACGAGUAUCUUGCUCUAAUGCAAUUCAAAGACAGCUUUGUCAUUGAAAGGCAAGCAUCUACUUGUCCUAAAGUGGAUCUCUGGAAAUCUCAAGGGGUUGAUUGUUGCUCAUGGGAGGGCAUAUGGUGUGACCAGAACACUUCUCAUGUCAUAGGCCUUGAUCUCAGUAGUUCUUGUCUUUUUGGUUCUAUCAAUUCCAGCAGUAGCCUCUUUCGCCUUGGACACCUUCAAUACCUCAACCUUGCACUCAACAACUUCAAUUUCUCAAAGAUACCAUCUGCAAUGGGCAAUCUUUCCAGCCUCGGCUCCAACAACAUCCAUGGCCAGAUACCUAGUUGGAUAUUGAAUAUGAGUGCAAAUUUGUGGGCUUUAGAGCUUUCUCACAACAAUUUCACAAGUUUUGAAGAAUCCUUUCUUGUUUUUCCUUGUCCUAGUCUUUUAUAUCUAGACCUUAGUUUUAACUUUCUCAAAGGUUCUCUACCAAUCCCACCGCUCUCCAUCCUUUUCUACUUAGUUUCUGGGAAUAUGUUCACUGGAGAAAUUCCACAUCAAUUCUGCAACAUGACUUCUCUUCAAGUGUUGGAUUUGUCUCACAAUAAUUUGAGCGGAAUGAUGCUGCAAUGUUUUGGCAACCUCAGCUCCAUGUUGGUUUUAAACUUGGAAGGAAACAACCUCCAUGGUCUUAUUCCUGAAACAUGGGAAACUGGAAACAAACUCGAAGCAAUUAAAAUGGGACAGAAUAAUUUGCAUGGGAGGUUACCAAGAUCACUAGGCAACUGCAAAAUGUUGGAGUUUCUUGAUUUUGGAAAAAACAAGAUCAAAGAUACUUUCCCUUCCUGGUUGGGAGCUCUUCCUGAAUUGAGGAUUCUCAUUUUGCGUUCAAAUAGGUUCUAUGGCACAAUUUCAAUCAAAGUACCAGAGACAAAUUUCUUGUUUCCUAAGCUCCGCAUCAUUGACCUCUCAAACAACGGAUUUGUUGGCACUUUGCCAAUAGACUUCUUUGCAAGAUGGAAUGCCAUGGCUAAUCUUGAUGGGGAGAACGCAGCAUAUUUGCAAGCAUAUAAGCGCUAUUUAAUGGUGAACCUUCUCGUCGUUCCUUUUCAAUUUCCUUACUCAAUGACAAUAACAAACAAAGGAGAGAAAAUGGAAUAUGCAAAGAUCUUGGAGGUUUUUUGUGCCGUGGAUCUUUCUUGCAACAAAUUUGAUGGAGAGAUUCCAGAAGUAGUUGGGAACUUAAAGGGACUUCAAUUGCUCAAUCUUUCCAACAACAUCCUUGUUGGUCCAAUCCCAACAGCCUUGGGAUAUCUCACAAAUCUUGAAGCACUUGACCUUUCUCAAAACAAACUUACUGGAAGAAUUCCUACACAACUAACACGGCUCAAUUUUCUUGCAGUCUUCAAUGUGUCUCACAACCAUUUGACAGGUUCUAUCCCAAAAGGCAAACAGUUUGAUACAUUUGAAAACAGCUCUUUUGGUGGAAAUUUAGGAUUGUGUGGAAUGCCACUGUCAAGGCAAUGUAACUACUAUAGCUCUGAGGAUUUGCCUCCACCGUCUCCAACCUCCAAAGGAAAUGAAAUCUCUGGAUUGUUAGCUGAAUUUAGUUGGAAAUUGGUGUUGCUGGGUUAUGGAUGUGGAUUCCUCAUUGGUGUGGUUAUUGGAAACAUUGUUUUUACAAGAAAACGUGAAUGGUUUUUGAAGACAUUCCGAAACAGGCAUCCAUGAAGGCAAAGGAAGGGGGGGUAAAAGAUUGAAUAGGAGCAAGGAGUGAAGAUGAUAUCAUUUCAUUGUUUAUGCUUUUUUCACUUCUUUUAUUUGUUUUGUGAUUACAAGUCAAGUUCAGUGCAAGUCUAAUGUAUGGUAUGGAGUGGAAUUUCAAUCUUCAUGAAUAAGUACUUACUGCUACUUCAGCAGCUGAUAGUGAACAUUAAUAAUUUCUUUUUAGUAAAUUCUUUGCUUUCCA